AUGCUGCCCUACAUCAAUCUCCCUUUUCAGUAUGCUGCUGGCAUGUUGGGAGCUUCAACAGAUGAACUCAAGCUCAUCACCUCCUUUUUGCUCUCAUACCCGCUUGCUGGGCUGUUGAAGCGGGUCCCAGACGACAAGCCAUACCUGAAGAACCUCUUCACAAUAGGUGUAUCUACAUUCUACCUGGUUGGACUCUUCGACUUAUGGAGCGGCGUAAGAACCCUAGCUAUAAGCUCCAUCGGCGCCUAUUCCAUCGCACAAUAUGUUGAUGGGCCUUUCAUGCCAUGGAUUGGCUUCGUUUUCCUCAUGGGGCAUAUGUCCGUGAGCCAUCUAGCACGUCAGUGGGUGAAUGACCCUGGAGCUGUGGAUAUCACAGGUGCACAAAUGGUUCUCGUUAUGAAGCUUACGGCUUUCUGUUGGAAUGUGGCGGACGGUCGACUACCAGAGAAAGACCUAUCCGAUUUUCAGAAAGAGAGAGCCCUUAAGAAGCUCCCAAGUCUCCUAGACUUUGCAGGUUAUGUUUUGUAUUUCCCAGCUCUUUUUGCAGGCCCGGCUUUCGACUAUGUGGACUACAGACGCUGGAUCGAAACUACAAUGUUCGAAGUUCCACCUGGGGUGUCACCUUCAAAGAAGGCUCCAACGCGAAAGAAGAGAAAGAUUCCUCGGAGCGGUACUCCUGCUGCUUGGAAGGCAGCAACAGGACUUUUCUGGAUUCUGCUGUUCUUGAAAUUGAGCGGCUGGUACUAUCCUAAUUUAUUAACUGGCGACAAAUAUAUGACCUAUGGUUUUGGUCACCGGAUCUGGCUUCUUCAUAUGCUUGGGUUUACCACCAGACUGAAGUACUACGGUGUAUGGGCUCUCACGGAAGGUGCCUGUAUUCUUUCUGGUCUUGGUUACAAGGGUAUUGAUCCAGUGACUGGGAAGGUAUCAUGGGAUCGACUACGAAAUGUGAAUCCUUGGGGUGUCGAAUCUGCUCAGAAUACCAGAGCAUACCUGGGAAAUUGGAAUAUGAACACGAACAAUUGGUUACGAAACUACAUCUACCUCAGAGUAACUCCUAAAGGAAAGAAGCCAGGAUUUCGUGCUAGCAUGGCAACUUUUGUCACCAGUGCAUUCUGGCAUGGAUUUUAUCCCGGUUACUACUUGACAUUUGUCCUUGCGAGUUUCGUACAGACAAUAGCAAAGAACUGCCGACGCUACUUCCGUCCUUUCUUCCUCGACCCCAAAACUACCCAACCAACAUCAUACAAAAUCUACUACGACAUCUUCUCCUACCUUAUAACCCAGCUAACUUUCUCCUUCACCACUGCGCCCUUCGUUCUCCUCACGCUUCCAGCCUCCUUCCUAGUCUGGGCACGGGUCUACUUCUACGUCGUAAUCCUCACCGCUCUUGCAACCGCCUUCUUUGCUUCGCCCGCCAAAGCCAUUCUCAUCAAGAACCUCAACAAGAGAGCAGGGACCACUGGCCCACUGCAGAGGACGCAUAGCCAAGAUAGUCUGGCGAGUAAGGAGCCCGUGCUUGGACUGCCCAGUGAGCCGCAGAAGGAUUUGGAGGAGUUGAUGGAUGAGGUCAAGAGGGAGAUGGAGGCGAGACAGAGGAGGGGUAGUUUGAAGAAAGCGGCUACUGUGCCGGCGGGGAAGGCGAAGGCGAUUUGA